UGUCAAGAUGAGCUUUUUAGUAAUUUUCUCGGCUAUACUUUACGCCGUUUCCGCGGCUGAACUUCCUCCGGUCGCCGUAGUCAAGGACAUCCAAGAGGAUUUCGUGAAAUCUCCGCUAUCGAGAAUUACUGGUGGAAAUGAGGCUGAUCCGCAUUCGAUUCCAUACCAGGUUGCUUUGCAGCUCAGAUCUGGAAGUGGUAGUUCAGCAUUUUGCGGCGGAUCUUUGAUUUCUGACAAAUUUGUCGUGACUGCGGCACAUUGUGUGGAUGGCAUGACCUCUGCCACCAUUUUUCUCGGCGCCCACCACUUAAGAGUUCCUGAAACGGACCGAAUUCAACAAUCAGUGAACAAAAGCAACUUCAUAAUCCAUGAACAAUGGAAUAGUCGCCAAAUCCGAAAUGAUGUUGCUUUAAUAAAGCUGGCCUUUCCUAUUCAAUUUAAUGAUAACAUUAGUGCCGUGAAUUUGCCAAGGAGAAAAGAUGUCACCAAAUCAUAUGUCUCAGAAAUGGCGACUGCAUCGGGAUGGGGUGUUUUUUCAGAUAAAAAGCCAUCUGUGUCACCCGUACUGCGCUAUAUAAACGCAACUGUAAUCAAUCAAAAUCAAUGCCGGAGGUCCUUAGGGUCAACAGUUCAAUCGACAAAUAUUUGUAUAUCCGGAGCCAACGGCGCAUCUACUUGCAGUGGCGAUUCUGGGGGUCCUUUGGUGAUAUAUGAAGCAGAUGGAUCAAGGACACUAGUAGGAAUUACCUCCUUUGGCAGUGCUCGUGGCUGUGAAAUGAAUUAUGCGGCGGCAUUUGUUAGAGUCACGUCUUACUUGAACUGGAUUACAAGUAAUGCUGGCAUCGAACUAAGAUAAGAAUUUUGAGA